UCCGAGAUAAGAAACUGUUGCGUGCUACUGACAACAUUGCUUGUACAUUUUCUCUGUUUACUCCAUGUUACAAUGACAAAACUUGGAUUUUUGGAACGAUUACCAUUAUGGAAAAGAACUAUUCCCAGAUACCCACUUUACUACAGAGGCGACCCACAACCGAGGGUGUUUCUGCCACUCUUUUGGAUGAAAAUGGUGAAACCUACAAAGAAGGUCCCACCAAAUGUUGUUCAUUUUAAAGUUCAUCCUCAGAUGACCAGACCCGAGAUUAAACAGUACCUAGAAAAGAUAUAUGACACAUCUGUUUCCACAGUGAGGACGGAGCUGAGGGAGGUCGCUUAUAUGGGAGCUGUAUUUAAAGACCAGGACAAACAAAGUAUGGUUAGAAAGAAUGUUAUAGCCAGGGAUUUUGAGAAGUAUGCCUAUGUUACUUUGGCAAAAGAUACCUUUACCUAUCCGGAAGUACCGAAAUCAAAAGUUGCAGAAGAUAAAGAAGUUGCGGAGAAACUCAUUGAGAGAAAAAAGACAAACUAUGAGAAGAUGAAUGAAUCCCUGGGUGUACCUGCCUGGUUCAGAAGAUAGCAUUUGGAAGUGCAGUGGAUAUCAUUUCACAUUAAUAUUGACUCAAAAUCAGUGUAUAUGCAUGAUGUUUGCCAAUUUGUCCUUAUUGAGAAAAGAUAGAGUAAAAACAUGGAAUAUCAUUA